AUGGCUUCCGGAGAUGAAUAUUUACUAUACAAUGAAUUGAAGCUCGAUGCCACACUUUCUAAUACCGAAGAGUGCUUCAAUAGCAUAAGAGAUAUUAUUAUAACUAAACUAAUCCUUAAUGAGGUAGAUCCUGAUAAUUGUAUUCAGGUUCAGAAAAAAUCUCAAAUUCAACCCCUUGUUUCACAUAUUACUCAAAAACUUACUCAUGAGCAGAAACCGAUACUCUUGUAUUCAUAUGGACAGCAUAUACACCGACAAAUAAGCGUUUUGGAGGUCGUAAAAACAAAGUUAAGAGAACAGCAGUUUAAUUUUCACCAAUAUAACAAUUUGAGCUGCUUGGUACAAAUAUCUCAAGGGAGAAAUGAGCUGUUACAAAAAAAAAUUAAUAUACCUGUCAUGCUAAUAAUCAUUGCCUCAAAAGAGCUGAUUAUGAGCUUGGAAGGCUUUCAAAAACAAUGA